AUGAAGGAACAAGGGGAAAAGGAGGUUGCUCUCUCGUUGGCCUCGCUUCUCGUUCACGCCGACGAUGGCAUCUCUACACAUCGAGCAGUUGCACCGGCCAUGCAUGUCAGCACAACAUUUCGGUACACGGACAACCCAGAAUUGCUCCAGCCCGAAGUCUAUGUCAAUCCUGAUGCUCCGCUCGACUCACACGUUUACUCCCGCUUUACCAACCCCAACAGUACUCGUCUCGAAGCCAUCCUGACGUCUGUUCUCGGCGGCAAAGCUCUGACCUACGCCUCGGGCCUCUCUGCGUUCCACAUGAUGCUCGUACGCAUCAAUCCGAAGCGAAUCGCCAUUGCUGACGGCUAUCACGGCUGCCACGGUAUCAUUGAUAUCCAAUCGCGUUUGACAGGCCUCAAGAAACUGCCACUCGACUGCGAAGCGUCCGACUUGCAGCCUGGCGACAUCAUACAUGUUGAGACGCCGCUUAAUCCGACUGGCGAAGCGCGCGACUUGCAAUACUACGCCGACAAAGCGCACGCAGCUGGCGCAUACCUGACAGUGGACGCAACGUUCGCGCCGCCACCCCUGCAGGACCCAUUUGCGCACGGCGCCGACAUUGUCAUGCACAGCGGCACAAAGUACUUUGGUGGACACUCGGACAUGUUGUGUGGUGUGUUGGCCCUCAGCCCGCGUUUGCCACUCGAUGACUGGUUCCCGACCAUGCUGUACGAGCGUGCCAUCCUGGGAUGUGUCAUGGGCAGCAUGGAGGGCUGGCUGGGUCUACGCUCGAUGCGCACCAUGGAGCUGCGCGUGUUGCGCCAGAGCAAGACGGCCACUGCCAUUGUCGCGUGGCUGGCGGAGCAAAUCAAGGAUCCGGCGUCGCCUGUGUUCAAGGUCGUUGAUCAUGUCAAGCACGCAAGCCUGCAACCUGAGGCAGCAGACGAAAACAGCUGGCUCCGGCGACAGAUGCCUGGCGGGUACGGUCCCGUAUUCUCUCUGGCUAUGAAGAGUGAGGCUAUGGCGAGGCGGCUUCCGAGUAAGCUGCGACUAUUUCACCAUGCGACGAGCUUGGGUGGCGUCGAGAGCCUGAUUGAAUGGCGCGCCAUGACGGACAAGACGGUGGCGAGAAACUUGCUGCGUGUGAGCAUCGGCGUAGAAGCGGAGGAGGAUCUCAAGGCCGAUAUUGAGCAAGCUUUCACCAAACUUGCCGCAGAAAAUUAA